AUGACGAUCACUACUCCGAAGACCGACAGCCAGCGCAUGAACGCGACCCUCCAGUCCUCGUGCCAGUGGGGUUCCACCCCCGACGGGGGAAUGAACCGCCUCGCCUUGAACGACGACGACGCACGCGUACGGCGCUGGUUCAUCUCUGAGACCAAGGCGCUGGGCUGCAGUGUCUCCAUCGAUGCGAUGGGAAAUAUCUUCGCCGUGCGUCCGGGUCGUCGCAACCUCCCCCCCAUCGCGGUAGGGAGCCACCUCGACACCCAGCCCACGGGAGGCCGGUACGAUGGUAUCCUGGGCGUUUUGGCUGGCCUGGAGAUCCUCAAAGCCCUCCAAGCGGCGCAGUACGAGACCGACUACCCCGUCGCGGCGGUGUGCUGGACGAACGAGGAGGGUGCGCGUUUCGUGCCCUCCUGCCUUGGUAGCGGGGUCUAUGCUGGCGACAUGUCUCUGGAGUACGGACACACCCGUACCGACACUGCUGGGGUUUCGGUACGCUCCGAGCUGGAGCGGCACGACAUGCUCGGCUCCAUGCCAGCCUCGCACACUUCCAACCCCCUCAGCGCGCACUUUGAGCUGCAUAUCGAGCAGGGUCCCAUCCUGUUCGAGGCGGGUCUCCCAGUCGCGGCCGUAUCGGGCGUACAGGGAUGGCGCUGGUUUGAGAUCUCGCUACAGGGACGUGGUAGCCACGCCGGCACUACUCCUUUCGGGUACAGGCGCGACCCGCUUAUCGCUUUCGCCAAGCUGGUUCUGGCGGCGGAGGAGAUUGCCAAGUCCCACCGUGGGCUGUGUACCAUUGGGCGGGUGGGAAGCGCUGCGAUUCAGAGCACCAACUGCGUGAUGGACGAUGUGGUGUUCCACCUCGAUAUCCGACACCGCCAGCUUGAGGGGAUGGAUGCGCUCGAGCGGGCGAUGAGAAAGGAGUUUGCGAGGAUUGUGGGUGGAGAGGAGGGGGUCGAGAUUGCGCGCUGGGACACGCUUUCGACAGUUGACCCUACUGUUUUCGACGCCGACGCGGUGAACUGUGUUCGGGAGGCGGCGCGGCUGACCGGCACCGCUCACGAUGAUUUGGUUAGCGGGGCUGGACACGACUCGGUGUUCACGGCCCGCAACUGUCCUACAGCCAUGUGCUUCAUCCGGUGCAGGGACGGGAUUAGCCACCACCCCAGCGAAUACUCUACGCCCGAGGAUAUCGCGAUUGGGACGGAGACGCUCCUCCAGGCUGUGCUGGCUUACGAGAGCAAGAUGGCCGCCAAGCUGGCGUAG